AUGGUAGGCAUCGAUGCAAGAAAUAAGCAUAGUCUUGAUACGAAAUAUAUUUGUCCUGUAUGUUCAUUGAUACUACAAGAUCCUGUACAAUUGACAAAAUGUGGCCAUCGUCAAUGUCACACAUGUGUAAAUGUUGAGCACGGAACAACAAUUAAAUGUUGGCAAUGUCAAGCAGAAACAUUACGAAGCGAUAUUAUUCGUGCCAAAAUAAAAGAUCAUUAUUUGACUCAACAACAUCAAUAUGCUGUAGUCAAAGUUGUUCGUCAAAUGUUAUCUCAAUUAAACGACAGACAAAUAGAUAUUGAUUAUCCUCGAACAACAACUGCAGGAGCUUGUAAUUUUGCUACAGCUCAAUUAGAAGAGCUUUAUGAAAUGCUCAAUAUCUUGAUAGGUGGUGUCGAAACAUUGACUAAUGAUCAACAACGUCUAGUGAAUGAAUCACUUCAAAUGCAAAUAAGACUUCCAGCAUUGACAGAAGAAUUAUCGAAAGUUAAAUUAUCCAUUGAAGAGUCAAACGCUUUUGUCGAAGGAGUAAAACACAAUCAAGAUAUUCUCAAUCAAGAUUUAUCAUCACUGCAACUAAAAAUCAAUGAUUUGCAGUGUGUUUCAUAUGAUGGAACAUUGGUUUGGAAAAUAACAAACUUUCUAGAGAAAAUGAUUGAUGCACAGUCUGAAAGACAAACAUCAAUUUAUUCACCUCCAUUUUACUCAUCUCCAAAUGGUUAUAAAAUGAGAGCUCGUCUUUAUUUAAACGGUGAUGGAAAUGCUCGUCGUACACACAUGUCUCUCUUUUUUGUACUCAUGCGAGAUUUGAACGAUCCAAUUCUCAAAUUUCCGUUCAACUAUAAAGUCACAUUUUGUUUAUACGAUCAAACGCCUUCACGACAACAUAUUAUUGAUUCAUUUCAACCAGACAUUAAAUCGAGCAGUUUUCAGCGACCUCGAUCGGAUAUGAAUAUAGCCAGUGGUAUACCAAAAUUUAUCCCGUUGGAAGCGAUUCAACAGGAAGGAAGCCCAUAUAUACGAAAUGAUACAAUGUUUAUCAAAAUUAUGAUUGAUUUCGGAGAAAUACCCAAAACAUUAUUGCCCUACGUCUUGAGUCUCAAUCCAGGUCUCCCAACUCAUGUCCAACAAGCAAUAAUCAAACAAGAAGCAGAGAGAAGAACACAAUUACGACCUGACCAACAAUAG